AUGUACCAUAUCAGCAGCCAGCACAGAGUCAAAGAAAAAUACCAGAACCAAAGGAGAGAGAGUUCCUGCCCCACACAGUCAUGGAGAAAUGGGUAUUUGCCCCAAAAAUUCACACAACUGCUACUUCUACACAGAUCUCAACCCAGAGGCUAUGACUUCCUCAGUUAUGAGGUAGGUGAACAAAGACAUUUGAUGGAGAUCGGAGACUUAUUUGGCCCAGGCCUGAGUACCCAGGUAGAGACCUCCACUGUCGUGGUGCAUGGAGUUGCUGGAAUCGGGAAGUCAACCCUGGCCAGGCAGGUGAGGGGAGCCUGGGAGGAAGGCUGGCUGUUCAAGGACUGCUUCAAGCAUGUCUUCUACUUCAACUGCAGAGAGCUGGCCCAGUCCGAGACCAUGAGUCUCGCUGAGCUCAUCACAAAAGACUGGGCGGCUCCUGAUGCUCCCAUUGGGCAGAUCCUGUCUCAGCCAGAGCAGCUGCUCUUCAUUCUUGAUAACUUAGAUGAACCAAAAUGGGACUUGAAGGAGCAGAGUUCUGAGCUCUGUCCACACUGGAGCCAGCAGCAGCAGGUGCACACACUGCUGGGCAGUUUGCUGAAGAAAACCUUACUUCCCACGGCCUCCCUGCUGAUCACAGCUCGGAUCACAGCUCUGAGAAAACUCAUUCCUUCUUUAAAGCAUCCUCGCUGGGUGGAGGUCCUGGGAUUCUCCAAGUCGGCCAGGAAGGACUAUUUCUACAAAUAUUUCCCAUAUGAGAGCCAAGCGAUUAGAGCCUUUACCUCAGUUAAAUCCAACCCGGCACUCUUGACCAUGUGUCUCAUGCCCUUGGUGUCCUGGCUGGUCUGCACUUGCCUGAAGCAGCAGAUGAAGCAGGAGCAACCACUCUCACUGACCUCCCAGACGACCACAGCCCUCUGUCUCCACUACUUUUUCCACGUUCUCCAGGCUCAGUCCCUCGGGACUAAGCUGAGAGGCUUCUGCUCUCUGGCUGCUGAAGGCACCUGGAAAGGAAAGACUCUGUUCAUCCCUGAGGACUUCAGGAAACAUGGGUUAGACGGGGCCAACAUCUCCACUCUCUUAAACAUGGGUGUUCUUCAAGAGCACCCCACCCCUCGGAUCUUCAGCUUCAUUCACCGGUGCUUCCAGGAGUUCUUUGCAGCAAUGUCCUAUGCUUUAGGCGAUGGAGUGUUGAAAAGUGGUCACUUUAAAAACAUCAAAAUUAUAACAGCCUUGACAGAUGUAUAUGACAGGCAUGACCUGAUUGGGAAACCAACCACAUGUUUCCUUUUUGGCCUUUUGAGUGCUCAGGGGAUGCGAGAGAUGGAGAGCAUCUUCAAAUGCAGCCUGUCUCGGGAGAGGCAUUCCUCUCUGCUGCGCUUGGCCAAGAUUCAAGUCCUUCCCAUGCCAGGCCCACAUUCUUGGGAUUUGCUGCACUGUUUUUAUGAGAUUCAGGAUGAAAACUUUAUGAAAAAUAUUUUCACUUGCAAUGAAAUGAGGAUAUGUGUCCAAACUGACAUGGAGCUCCUGCUGUUCACUUUCUUCUUUAAAUUCUGCCACCGCAUUGAAAGGCUUCAACUGAAUGAGGGUGGACAGCACAGACAAGCAGGAAGGACUUCAGGUGCAUUUCUGUACAGCUGGGGCCCGUUUACAGAUUCCUGGUGGCAGAUGUUCUUCUCUAUUCUCAAAGUCCCUGGAAGCUUGGGGGAGCUGGACCUGAGUGGGAACUCUCUGAGCUGCUCUGCAGUACAGAGUCUUUGUGACGCCCUGAAAAGCCCUCACUGCCGCCUGGAGACCUUGAGGUUCACUGAUUCCAACAAAUUUACUACUCUCUUGUCAGAUGUUGAUAAUGGAGGUGGCUGUAGACUGAAGCGUCUUGGGCUGGUCAGCUGUGGCCUCACAUACAACUGCUGCCAGGGCCUGGCCUCCAUGCUGGGUGCCUGUCCCAGCCUGACAGAGUUGGACCUGCAGCAGAACAACCUGGGUGACCUUGGUGUGAGGCUGCUCUGUGAAGGGCUCAGGCAGCCUGCCUGCAAACUCAAAUAUCUGAGGCUGGACCAGAUUUGGCUGAGUGAGGAGGUGACAGAGAUGCUGAGGUUCCUGCAGCAGGAGAAGUCUCGGCUGAUCAUCUAUUAUGGGUAA